CCAGCCUUCUACAGCAAGGUGGCGGCAGAAGCCAGUCCAGCGGCUUCUCCAGGACUGCCCUGCGGCUCUUGCGUGCCUGCUGGUGGCUUUCGGCGUUGGUCUUGGCGCACGCGUUGGCCGGUCAGAUGAAGGCCUGCCUGCUCGUGCGGUCGGAGGGGCCGCGGAUCGAUAGCCUGAGUCAGCUGGCAGAGAAGCCCGCUGUUAGGCCGCUCCUCUUCGCCAACAGUAUCCUCGUUUCCAUGCUGGGGCGCUCGACGAGGCCCGACUGGCACCGCGUGUGGCUCAUGGUGGAGCGCCACGGCGGGCUGGUGCCCAUCGAAGCCCUGUACGCAAGCUCGCAUCUGGACGCCGUGGCCCGAGGUUCGGCGGUCAUCCUGUCCGACCGCACCAGCUUCCGCUACGUGGUCGGCAGGACCUGCGCCCGCUUCCCAAGCUCCCAGUUCUACAUCGGCAAAGAGCCAGUCAACACGCUGUCGUUCGGGCUCUACGCCAACGCUCGGCUGCCGCACGAAUUCCGCAGGAAGAUGGACCAGAGGCUCGGCUGGCUUCGGGAGUCGGGCUUGCUAGACCUGUGGACGGCGCGGAUGUUGCCAGACUGGGCUGCGUGUGCCCGGCGUUCGGAGCUGGGACCCCUGGGCUUGCACCACGUCCGGGCGGCCCUGCUCUCCUCGGUGCUUCUGGUGGCCGCGGCUCUGCUCGCCCUGGCCGUCGAACUUGUUCUCGAUUCGCGCUCCAAACGCGCGGCGCGCGUUCAAGUCCCUGCAAGGACACGGGGUGUCCCAUAAGUUUGUUGUAUAGCCUGUAUGGCUG